UGCUUCUUGGAAUGAUGACUUCAACAUUAUCAAGAUAUCGCAAGCCUAUGAUCAAAUAUCCAAAAGAUACAUUAUUCUGGGUAACGGACUUCUUGGUUAAAGGAUGCAGGAACUUUCUUGAUGAUUGUCCUAUACAUUUUAGAUAUCAACACAUCUGUGCUAUAAGUUACAACGGUGAAUACAAAGAUUUUAGUGAUUUCUGUACCAUGCACUAUGAAAAUUGUAACACGUGGCGCAAUUGGAGAGUUUUUAAACGGGAAAGAUGUUAAACAAAAUAU